AUGUUUUGGAGCGCCACUAUAUACUAUACUAGCUUCGGGGUGAAUUCAUAUACAUUGCCUUGGCUUUUCACCUUCACUGGUUGUCUACUCUCUUGCCUGCGCCACCUAUACCCAGUGUUAUACCUAGUGCCUUUGUACUCGCCACCAACUUCCUCGAAGCCCGAUCGUGUUACGUUAAAAUCGAACCUGAACCCAAAACGUGUUAGGUAUGGUAAGACCGCGCGUAAAUGGCGGGUCGGGGUCGCUUUGCUCCGGAAUUUCGUCGUCCACCUCGUCAGUGACAACAAUAUCCUCGUUACUGUCUACUAUCUUGUUCUCCCUCUCUUCUUCGUUGUUAUCCUCAUUGAGCUGAAGGAUGGCGUCAAGAUCCAAGCCUACUGA